AUCACUCCAUCCUGAUGCCCAGAUCCAGCCUCCAGUAGCCAGUUAGCCCUAACUCCAUCCUCCCAAUCUCAUCGAGCUCACCUCCGUCCCUCACCUCCGUUCAGCACUUCAGCCACCGCCUCUUGCCGCCGCCGUCGCGACAGGGCUCGCUCCCUUCCACCACUGCUCCUUGUCUUGGUCACUCGGUGUCUCUGUCUCCCUCUUGCAUGCUCUGUUGAAGGCGUCUUCGAGCAUUCAGAUCAGACUCUUAUGCAUAGAGAUAGAGUGUGGAGCUAACAAGUGAAGCUAUAGAGUUUUUGAAUGGUACCUUUCGAUUGUUGGAUACAGAUAAAGAUCGAUCCCUAUACCCUGCAGAAGUUGAUAAGCUUUUUAAUACUGCUCCAGAGAGAACUUGAACCAGUGUUCCUCUCUGCUUCGCUUCAUGCAUUGGAAGCCAUGGCGAUAUUCUUCUCUACAAUUGUAUCUCUUAAUUUUCCUGCGUGCAAGUUUUCCUUCCUCAACAACGUACCUGAUCAACCACUCAAGAGUUUGCGUCAUUUCACAGAUAAUUCUGUUCAUACUAGAAAAGUUCCUUGCUUUAUUGCUUUUGCGGUAAACGGAAGCUCCGCUGUUCAAACAGAGAAAAGAAACACGCCAAGGAAAAAGGGUAGGAACCCGUUUUUGAGUGAGGGGAGAGAUGAGGAUGAGAGUCGUGGACCAAUUUGCCCUGGUUGUGGGGUCUUCAUGCAAGAUGAGGACCCUAACCUUCCUGGGUACUAUCAACAAAGGAAGGUGAAAAUGGAAGAUGAACUAUUAGAUGAGGAUGAUGAUGUGUUUGAUGAUAUUAAUAGAGUAAAAGAAGAAGAAAAUGAUGAUGAUGAUGUGGGGUCUCUGGAUGGCAUUGAAAAUGAACUUGGAGGAGGUAUUGAGGUAUUACCGGAUGAUUUCGAUUGGGAUUCUGACGAGUGGGAAGCUAAGUUGUUGGGUGAAGAGGAUGAUGAGGCUGAUUUAAACGGCUUUGCGCCUGCGGGGGUUGGGUAUGGUAACAUCACUGAGGAGGUCCUGGAGAGGAAGAGGAAGAAGAAGGUAUCGAAAGCUGAGAAGAAGAAGUUGGCUAGGGAGGCCCAAAAGGUGAAGGAAGAGGUUACCGUGUGCGCUAGGUGUCAUUCCUUGAGGAAUUAUGGCCAGGUGAAAAACCAGACUGCUGAGAAUUUGAUACCCGAUUUUGAUUUCGAUAGGUUGAUUUCCACUAGGUUGAUGAACCCUUCUGGCAAUGGCAGUGCUACUGUUGUUGUUAUGGUUGUGGAUUGUGUUGAUUUUGAUGGUUCUUUCCCUAGGACGGCAGCAAAAUCGUUGUUUAAGGCAUUGGAAAGAAACCAGGAUGACUCGAAGAAGGGUAAGAAACUGCCAAAGCUAGUUCUUGUGGCUACAAAGGUUGAUCUCCUUCCAUCAGAGGUUUCCCCUGCAAGGUUAGAUAGAUGGGUUAGACACCGAGCAAGUGCUGCAGGAGCACCUAAACUAAGUGCAGUUUAUCUUGUAAGUUCUCGAAAGGAUUUAGGUGUAAGGAAUCUGUUGUCCUUCAUAAAGGACUUGGCAGGUCCUCGUGGGAAUGUGUGGGUGAUUGGGUCUCAGAAUGCGGGGAAGUCUACUCUAAUCAAUGCAUUUUCAAAGAAACACGGAGCUAAAGCUACAAAGCUCACAGAAGCUCCGAUUCCUGGGACAACACUUGGGAUCUUGAGAAUUGGAGGAAUUUUGUCCGCUAAGACUAAGAUGUUUGACACUCCAGGGCUCCUGCAUCCCUAUUUAAUGUCGAUGAGACUGAACAGAGAAGAGCAAAAGAUGGUUGAGAUACGGAAGGAACUUCGACCUCGAUCAUAUAGAAUCAAGGUAGGGCAGGCAGUGCACAUUGGUGGCUUGACAAGAAUUGACCUUAUUGAAGCCUCUGUUGAAACAAUAUAUGUGACCGUUUGGGCAUCACCAAAUGUUUCUCUUCACAUGGGAAAAGUAGAAAAUGCUGAAGAGGUUUGGAGUAAUCAUGUUGGUGUCAGGUUGCAGCCUCCCAUUGGCAGUGAACACGCUGCUGAAUUAGGCACGUGGCAAGAAAUGGAAAUUAAGGUGUCUGGAACUAGUUGGGAGGUCAACAACGUUGAUGUAGCCAUAGCUGGCUUAGGUUGGUACUCUCUCUGUCUCAAAGGUGAAGCAACCAUGAAACUGUGGACCUUUGAUGGUGUUGAAGUAACCUUGAGAGAGCCAUUGGUCCUUGACCGGGCCCGGUCCCUCGAAAAACCUGGUUUUUGGUUACCAAGAGCCAUCUCUGAUGCUAUUGGCAACCAAACCAAACUUGAAGCUCAAAAAAGAGAAAAACUUGACGACCAAGAUACAGAUUUUGUGGGGGCAGGUGCAGAGCUAUCAGCUUGAGCAGAACAUUUUAAUUGUUUUGCAAGAGUGCUUUCAGGUGAAAAUAGAAGUGUAACUGAACUUGACGUGUUGCAGAGGCAAUAGCAUGUUUUCAGCAAUAGAGAUAAAUGCAACGCUUCUUGUUUAAGUGUCACAUUCGUGGAUUAUGUAGUUUUGUUAGAUGAGUCGUUGUACAUGUCUAGUGAUGAUAUCUGCAUUUUUGUGAGGUAUUACUUCAAAUUUUGUGCAAUAGAGAACAGAGAAUGAGCUUAGUAAUGUCUAUGUUUAUUCUUGGCCAAUUGAUGUAAACUGAAUUGAAAAAAUAUUAUUACAAAGUUAUUCUUAUGUACAAAUUCGGUUGAGUUAGGCAUUCAACAA